UUAUGUUUGUUAGAUUUGGAUCGUAAUUUGCCGCGACGAGUGCGAUUCGUCAUUAUAAGACAAGACGGGUGAAACUCUGGAUAAUAAGGCAGGUAACGUGAUAAAGACGGAGACAGGGGAGGGGAGUAUUCUACGUAUAUGUUACUAAGUUACGUCCUAAGGUAAAAUUCCAAGUAAUAUUCCGUGCUCUCGUUAAACAAAAUUCAGUAUUUACGCGAGAAGACACCAGCAUUAUGAGCUGUAGCGUCUUCCGUUUAAUCGUGUACGAAAAAAUCUUUCCUUUACUUCACAUAUUUUCGCUCAUGCGUGGGCAAUAAAUCCUGGAAUGCAAACAUGAUAAUUAAUGUGACUCAUUCCCUCUAUGUAUCUAUGAUCUCAUUCCUUCAAAUCUUGUCCGUAUGUCUCUUAAAUGCCGAAUAAAUGAUUAACAGAGCAAUACAUAAUGGGAGCACGUACGUCGAUCGCGCUCGUUUCGACUUCAUUAAUUAGUGAUCUUUGGUUAACAGUCAAAAUAAAUCUCCGAAACACGAUAAGCCUCUCGUAUUAAAUCGUAUCAGUCAACAAUGGCUUAUUAUCUGACCCUGAAAGACCGCAAGGGUUUUAUUUUUUAUUGCAAUGUACGCAAUGACGAGACCAGCAAAUAGAUCGUGAGUGAGCUUAGUUAGUCCCUCAUUUAGUCCCAACAUGUUAAAUAAAUGUGUGCACAUAAGGACUACGGUCUACAAAAAGACCAGUCUACGUGCAACGUCCAAAGACGCUGCAAGUUCCGCUAAAAAUCAGGAAUAAUCCGUGAUCCGUAAAGUCGCGAUUUUGAUCAAUUAAAUUAAAUUAAAUAGAUUGAAUUAAAUAGAUUGAUUAUUGCUUCUACAAGUACAUGUUGUUUAAUCAUUCAAAAGGAUUCUACAGUUAAAAAUAUCAAUAGAUUGGUGUUCGCCAGAUGCAACCUUGCAAUGCGUUCAUAUACAAGCUGUCAUCCGUCUUUGUGCAAUGAAUCAUUUAUGUGUUCUCAGUUCCUGAGCUCGUAGUCUCAUUAGCGAGAUUAAAUAAUUGAAUGCAGAAAUACAUCGUGUUCUCUGCGAAAUCUGUACGAUAUAACAGUAGAACUGAUUUUUGAGAGAUUUCAAAAAUGUAUUCACGAUUAAAUGUACCGAGGGAAGUGUGCUUUUUGUUGCUUUGUACGGUUCUUUGCAACUUGACUAUGAUUGGCUCGGGAAGUACGAUAGGUUACUCCUCCGUGGUAUUAUCGGUAUUAAUGAGUAACCAUUCAUCUAUAACUUUGAACGCAACGGAGAUGCCUUUGUUUGUCUCUUUGCCGGUCAUCUCCCAAAUCUUUGGCUGUCUCCUGAGUUUGAUCACCAUGAAAUAUGGGAGACGCUGCAGCAUGGUGAUCGCCAAUGCGACGUGCUCUUUGGGGUGGAUCGUGAUCGCUAGCAGCUACAGCGUGACACAGCUCUUCAUCGGCAGAAUGCUAACGGGAGCCGCCAUCGGCAUUUGUGCAACUGCCGUCCCUAUUUACCUGGAAGAGAUUUCCACGCCCUCAUGGAGGGAAUUUCUCACGAUCACUCCAAACACGGGCCUCGCCUUUGGAGUUGUAAUCGUAUACUUUCUAGGAUUUUUAAUGCAGGACAAUUGGAGACUCAUAGCUACGCUUUGCAUCAUUCCUCCGACGUUGUCUAUGCUCUUCACCAUUUUCUUCAUCCCCGAGAGUCCCGUGUGGCUUCUGACGAAAUGCCGGAAGGAAGCAGCCAGGAUCGCCUUGCUCCGAAUCCGCGGUCUGCUUCAGGAAACGGUAGAAUUUCGCGAAGAGUUCGCAAAGAUGGCGAACUACAACGAGCAGCUGAAGAAACUCGAAUCCGAACAAAGCUGUCGAUCGGAUGUUUCCUCGACGGAAGAAACCUCGGACGAGUCUUCUUCAACUAUGUCCGUAUGGGACAAGCUGAAGAGCAUCCUGAGGACGAUUUGUCUGCCAGAGGUGUGGAAACCACUCGCGAUACUGAACUUCUACUUCAUCUUCCAGCAAUUUAGCGGGGUGUACGUGAUCACGGCGUACGCCGUCGACAUGAUCGUCAACGCGAAAAUCACGAUGGACCCUUUUCUGAUCACCGUUGUGAUAGGCAUCAUCGAGGUGGUGGUCACCUUGAUCGCUGCAUGCUGCAGCUCCAGGAUUGGCCGCAGAACCAUAUCGAUUGUCUCUGGCAUCGGCAUGUCGAUCUCUCUGGGUGCCUUGGGAACAUACAUGCAAUUCUUCGAGGACGCCAGCGUUGCGGUCUUACCCCUCGUCUGCAUCCUUGUCUUCGUGACAUUCGCAUCAUUCGGUUUCUUGGUGAUUCCCUGGGCGAUGAUCGGUGAAUUGUAUCCUACCAAAUACGUAAGCGUCCUCGGGCCACUUACUACUUUCUUCGCCUGCGUCUUCAACUUCGGCGCGUUGCAGCUGUACCCAACGAUGGUAACGCAGGAUGAAACCGCUACCAUCUACUUCUACUGCCUAAUAUCUGUCGUAGCCACGUUUUAUCUGACGAUCGCGUUACCGGAGACGCGCGGAAAGACGAAACAACAGAUAGAAGAAGCGUUUAGACGUAACUCGAGAGUUAAAGACGCACGCGAGAUCAGUGAAGCAACAGACGGUAAGCAUCGCUCAAGCGACUUAUUCGAUUUUGUUUGGCAUGGACCCGCAGAUUAGGCAGUCAUCGGAUUGGCAUAAUUAUUUAAAUGUUAUUUUGUAAAACUAGCUUUUAAGAGGGAUAGGAUAGAGUGGUAUAAGGGUGUAUAUCAGGGAUGAUAUAGAGAGUACAGAUUUUGUGUGUCCCUCUAGAGCAGCAGAAGCAAAGCUCGCCACUGUUCAUACGUUGUUCUCUCUCACAGGGUAUAUUAAAACUUAGGGGUAAAAGAAAACGAUUAUAUUAAUAGCUGUUAUUGGUGAGGGAUAAAUCAUACGCAAAAUUAAAAAAUAAGAGUAAAAAAAAAUUAAAUUGAAUUAAUUUCGAAGUUGCACGAAAACUAUUGCAAUAUAUUAUAUAUCUAUUAUUUGUUGUAAAAAUGUUUAUGGAUACUUAAUGACUGAUGAAAAAGAGUGAGUCUUAAUUGUCCAAUGUAAUUCUUGAUUUCCUUCAAGAGAAAGGAUAAUGUGUUUCUGGCAUUCUUCCCUAAUAUUUUCUAAUAAAUCGCUGCCAUGUCUAAAAUACUUCUAUUGCUUUAGGGUGGAAGACAUACUCUAAUUUGUAAAUUUUAAUUAGUUAAUAAUUAAUGAUGAGCUUAUUACUGUGAAACUUCUAUUUCGCAAAACAGAUUAUCAAUAUUAUAGACAAUUAAUUAAUAGAUUAACAAUAUAGAUUAUCCAAGUUAACUCAACCCACUCUACUUCCAUACGAGCAUUGCUAAGUUAUUAUCGGACACCUUCUACAUGUAUAAUUGUUUCUUGUAAUAUUUUUUUCAAAUCAAUCUACAAAUAACUUUAAAAUCUUCAAUGAAUAUGUU